AUGAAACGAAAAUUGAACAGACUAGAAUCAAUCGACUCCAAGAGUGAUAUCGAACAGGAUGACAAUGCACGUCCAGCAAUAGAAGACAUCGAUGAUGAUGAUCUUUGUGCUAUUUGCGCGCUGCUUCUCUACCGACCUGUUCGGACGACAUGCAACCACACAAUGUGUGAACAUUGCAUGGCUCAAUGGGCUGAUGUCUCCAUCACUUCCCAGAUGGCCAGGGUAGGACUGGACGAUCAAGCAGUUGUCCUUUUACCUCAUGAGAUCGAGACUAGGUGUCCAAUGUGCCGUACUUCAACAACUGCCACCCUAGAUUCUGGGCGGGAAAACAGUAUACGGCAGCAGUACCCGGUGACCUAUGAGGAGCGUGCAACCGAGAGCAGGUUGGAUGAGGAAGAUGCCUCGACUUCAAGCAUCGAGACUCUGACCGUUUACAUCGGGAACGAACACAGGCUGAUCAGGGCCUACGACGAAUCCAACAACCGGCAUGAUUGGAAGUUCUUCGUGAGGCCUUCGCGGACAGAUCUCAUCGAGGAAGUGCAGAUAUUCCUGCACCCAACAUUCCGCAACCCGAGAGUGAUACUGCAAUAUCCGCCAUAUGAGAUACGCCGCCUUGGCUGGGGUUACUUCACCAUUGCUGCCAACAUCGUUCUGAAGGCAGGCUAUAGCUGGGUCAGCUCCGAGGCUGAAGAUGCACCUGAUGGAGGGCCAAAGGGCAAGUUGCCCUUAGAGUGGACUUUGGACUUCAAUGGGCGCGGCUCCCAGGGGAGGCUCAGGUUGAAGGUGCGCAAGGAGAAGGAAGGUCAAGAAGCCGAAGAUGAAGCUCAGCGUGAAGAGGUGAGGAGGCUCUGGGCAAGACAGCGAGAAAUCGAUCCAGACUGGGAGGCAUUCGAAGAUUGA